UCUAAGUUGUCUUAAUUACGGUUCCUUCAACUUCCUUGUGUUUUCUUGCGUUUUUAGGGUUCUUGUGUCAAUAUUUACUUUGUUUGACAGCUCUUCGUGCUCGUCAUUCACCAGCGUCCUAGCUGCAAUGCUAUAUCUUUACGAGAGGGAAAACGAAUUCUCUUUCCCAAAAAUGUCCCACAGUCCGACAUCGUCCCAAAAUCCUGAGCUGGUCCACGAUGGACAGGGCUUCCUCAGCAGCGUGAAGCGGUCGCUGGUUAGCGGAGAACUUGCUGAUGUGCAGUUCAUGGUUGGACGGCAGUUUGGAGAUGGGAAACUCUUCUCAGCACACAAGUACGUGUUGGGUCUGCGCAACCCCGUAUUCCGUGCCAUGCUGUACGGAGAUUUGGCUGAAAAUUGUGAAAAGCCCAUCGAUAUUCCUGAUGUUCCCGCCGAAGCUUUUGCCAACCUGCUCAGCUUCCUUUACACUGACGACGUGGUUGAGCUGAGUGUGGAGAACGUCAUCCCUACGUGGAUGUGCGCGGACAAGUACGGUGUCCCGCAGCUAGUGGACAUCUGCUGUGACUUCGUCAGUACCGAACUGACCGUCGACAACUGUUUGACCAUCCUGGAGAAUGGAAUUGAAUGGCAUGCUGAGGAGAUUGUCAAGCGAUGCCUGCGGUUCAUCGACCGCUACGCUGAAGGAGUGCUGCAGUCCGAGCAUUUCGUCGCCAUCGGGCACAAGACCCUGGUGAUGAUUCUGCAGAGUGGCACACUCUUUGCCAGCGAACAUAGCGUCUAUUUGGCUGUCGAGCGAUGGGCGCUGGAAGCAUGCAAGGUCAACAACGUGGAUCCAUCCGGCGCCAAUCGCCGGCAGAUUCUGGGCGAUGCGUUGUUUCUCGUUCGGUUUCCUCUGUUGACUCACACGCAGCUGGCCGAUGGGCCAGUCAAAAGUGGUUUACUGCUUCAUUCCGAAGUGCAUGACCUGUAUCAGCACAAAUUCGCCACCGUCAAACCGUCACUGCCCUUCUCGGCAGACGCUCGCCAAACGUCCACAUUCCGCAUCGCCGACACCGAGCUGCAGUAUGCACAACCAGUGUUUGUGCACCUGCAUCAACAUGCAAAGGUGUGGCAUCCAGCGGAAAUUGUGGGAGUGGAAGAGGACAAGUUCCGCUACACGUGGCUGGUUCCGUGUGGUGCAUCCUAUGGCGGCUGCGAUUCCAGCGGAGAAAUUCUCCCGGCUUCCCAGUUCCUCAAGCCGGGCCAGGAGAUGGUGGCUUUUAUCAACGGUGGCCAUAGGAAUGGAGCUAUUUAUCGUCGAGUGAACGGCGAUCAGCAUGUUGUCCAGUUUGAUCAUCAAGAAUACACGGUCCGUUUCAUCGAUUUACUGGCCCACGACCAUCACGUUAGAAGCAUUAAAGCAAAUACUGAGGCUUGAAAGUUGCGAUGCUUGGCGAAGAACGUUAAUCAACGGAAACGUUAACAGAAAAUGUGCAUCCUUCCUAAACGGUUCGUUGUUGAUUGUUGGUAGGCUCAGCCGCUCAGGAUUCUUUAACAGGGUUUUCGAUUUUCAACUCGCACAGAGUUAAGCUUCCCUUCUUGCUUAUUUCUUUUGGUUUGUUCUCUUAUUUAUUUACAUAAAUGAUAUAAAUUAUGUUUCUGCUUAUUGUAAACUAUCAGUUAUCUGGAUUUUAUAAUAUGCUCGUACAUUCGAAUUAUACAUUCGAAUUCAACUUUGGGUGAAUGGUUU